AAACGUCAUUUUUGAAAUAUAAUUUUAAACUUACAAAGAUAAUACAUCAAUUCUUAUGCACAUAUAAUUUUUUCUAUUUCGAAGACAUCGUCUUCAAUCUUCUUGUCAAUAAAGACAAAUUUAAUGCAUUUCACCUCACCCAUGGCUUUUACCAGCGCCACCACCUCAGAGCAGACGCCUCUCCUCGAAGGACAGCCUCUCAGUCCUACAAAUACGUCGAAGAAAGCGUCAAGGAAUGUUACCUUCAAUGACAAUCCAACGGUCAGGACGAUUGAUUCAAACGAGUCUACGCAACCCAAGAUUUCCUUCCACUCAAUAACCGCGUCACCGACAACCAACAUAAGCUCUUCUUUCAAUAGCAAACUUCGUCGCCGAAACAGCUAUGGCUCUCCUCAGGUGCCAAUGCACCCAGCAUCAAAGAUAGGCCCUCAAAGAGCCAGUAAAGUCACACAGAAGCUGAAGUAUCUGCCUGAUCUAGAGGUUGGCGCAGAUGGACCUGAUGAAGAAAGCGGACGAGACGUUUAUUCACAAUUUACACGAAUUAAAGAUCCAACAGCGCGAAGAGAUGCUGCAAGAUUGGGAAAGGCAGAUCGUGAUCGAUUACCGCGAGUUACCGCAUUUUGCACCGCCAACAAAUACCAAUUGGACAAUGUGAUGCGUUUCCUGAAGGGUCGAGGCAAGACGAAGUUUGGAGCGAACCCAAAAUCCUUUGACGAAUGUAUAUAUACACCAUUUAGAUACGGCAAAGACCUUGGAAAAGCGACUUCAGAUCAGGACAUGGAGGUACAUAGUGCGCCGCUGAAGAUGACGGAGCGCAGGCACUCGGAUAGUGCUAUUGAGGUUGAGGAUAACAAGAAACAGCGACGAGAAGGCCUAACAGAUCUGCACACUGAUGGCGGUGAUAUCACAAUCAGCAAUGGCGACCACUCUCCAGCUAACAAUCUUCUUCCAGAAGUCAUUGAGCGACAAAUAGAGAAUGAGACCCAAGCUCUUAUAUCGGAAAGCAAUCCUGAUUUUGAUACUCGAAUACACACGCCCGAAGUAUUUCUAUUCGGCUAUGGCGUUGUAGUAAUAUGGGGUAUGUCUAGUUUACACGAGCAAAAGUUCCUGAAGGAAAUAGCAAAGUUUGAGAGCGGCAAGUUCGCAGCCGAUGAUGUGGAAAUGGAGUCCUUCAAUUUCUAUUACACCAAAGAAUAUCAAGCUAGAAUCUAUAACGAUUUUAUUACUUUGAGGGAAAAGGGGAAUUAUAUGACCAAGCUGGCAAUUUCCCAUGGUUUGGCUCAGAGUGUUAAGGUAUUCCUUGUUUGAAUCUGAUUCUUAAUAAGAUGCUAACUAUCCAAUUUAGACCUCACUCUUCGAAUCUCUUGUAGACAAUACCAUCGACCAAAACAAAGACAUCCCGACUCAAAUUGCGCUAACAGGGACUAUCGCUCUCCCACGAAAACAAAUUAACAUGCAAAUCGGCGAGCUCUUCAUCCUACGCAUAAACAUUCACCUCAAUGGUUCAAUUCUAGAUACGCCCGAGUUAUUUUGGGCAGAACCGCAGUUGGAACCAAUAUACCAAGCUGUCAGAAGUUACCUGGAAAUGGAUCAGAGAGUGAAGCUCUUGAAUGAGAGACUGGAUGUUAUUGCGGAUUUGUUGGCAGUACUCAAGGACCAGCUUAGUCAUCGACAUGGAGAGAAGCUGGAAUGGGUGGUUAUCGUUCUCAUCGCUGUGGAGAUCUUAGUUGCAGUUCUUAAUAUUAUCGUCGAUCUAUCAGUCGGCGAGUAAUUGACAGAUAUCCAUCCAACUAAUCAUUAAAGGUAGAAAUUGGGGAGUGCUAUGGUUAUAGUUACCCCUGCGCAAAGCUCUGAAAUAAGGGGCUAGAAAUUCGUACCCAGAUCCGAUUAAAAGAAAAGAGCUUCGACCACUCCAGUUCACUCUCAGGUGACACUACCACGGAAUAAUAUCCGGAUUGUUUUUGCAUCAGACACUCAAGAGCUGAACAUACGACAAUGGAUCACAGGCGUUCUUUUCUUUUUCAUCUCAUCUGGCUGGACGGAAAUCACAAAAUUGUACAUAAUAUUACCUUCCACAGUACUUAAAAGACUGCGCUGCGUUGCGGAGUCUUGAGAUCUGGAUGUGGAUCUUCUUUUGUGCUUGGCUUGGACUUGAUUAGAUAAUGGGGGUUUGGAUACUUCUUGCGGAGGACGAGUGUUUUAAUUUUGUGUGAAGGGG